AUGAAAAUAAAUAAUAAUAAUCGACACCCUUCAGCUUUAGGUGGAGUGUGUUUAUCAUCGAUUUUUGUUACCGUCUUCAUUAUUAUAUUAUCACUAUGCGUCGUCAGUGUAUCAUCACAAGCACUUCCACAAAAUGAACUUGAUUCAGCAAUUUGGUUGAUUCGUCAAAUGGGUAUAACAGAGAUACUACAAGAUCAAGUCAGUAUGUGUAGCUCUGGGCAAAUAAGUUGUAGCAAUGUACAAGGUAUUGGGUACAGAAUUGUUUCAAUGAUCACAUCAUUGACAUUUCCAUAUGCAACCAGUAUGUCGAUUAAUUUUGGCGCAGGAUAUAAAUCCAAUAUACCUACGUCGACACUAUCAAUGUUGAGUGGAUCGUUUCCACUAUUACAAUACCUAAGUAUAAAGAGUGAUAUUACCAUCACAACCAUACCACCAACAUUUGGUAGCAAUCUUGUUACUUUGAAACACUUUGUACUACAAAAUUGUCCAAAUCUAAUUGAAGUGUCUAGCUUUGGAGCAAUGCCACUGGCAACAACCUUUUCACUCCACCAGUCAUCCUUUCUCAAGAGAUUAAUGUGGGAUCAAAUACAACAACAAUCCUACCCAAUCAAGGACCUGCAAAUUGAAAUGGCACCAGAAUCUGAUCAAUCUUUCGAUAUAACAAUGCCACUGACUAAUUUUUAUUUUGUUGACUAUUCAGUUUCAAAAACUACAAAGAUAAAUUUGAAAUCGCAAUUUAUUGAUUUAAUAGCGAUACAAGGAAAUGUGAUUAUCAAUAUCUCACAUACAAAAAAAUUAACCUAUUUAUCCCAAUAUUUCAACACCUCUGUUGUGCCAAGUGAAAUAUCAGCCUAUCCAUUGUUAAAACACUAUGUAAGGAGACAAGCGCCAGGUCAAGUCAUCUACCCAUUCACUGAUUAUUCAUUAACACCCAAUUUAGAAUCAAUCGCGAUCGUUCAAAGUAAUAUAGUAGGCAAUUUUCCAAGCUCUCCAUUCCCAUCUUCUUUAAAAGCAAUAUCCUUUAAUUCAAACAAUUUCACAGGAGUAUUACCACUUGAACCAUUUUUAACAGCUACUCCAGGACUAUGGAUGGAUUUAGUCUAUAAUCCUUUUAUGACAGGCUCUCUCACUCCCAAUUUUUGUUCAUUUUAUGCUUUUGUUGCAAACACUGGAAUUACACAAGUACCAGAUUGUUUUUACUGCUACUAUGGAGCAAAUAUAGGAUUCUCUUCAUCGAUCCCACCUCCUGCAGGUUUUCACUGUGAUAUCCAAUUUGAUAAAGAAAUAUUCCCGUCAAUUAAAGGAGAAGUUUUGAUUACGGGCAAAAACUUGGGAUGGGAACCUGGAUCAAACUACACAAUGGUGAUCCCAAAUACUAAAAUUUCAUUCCCAUUUACUCAAAAGGGUGUUCCUCAAACUGUUGGAUUCAAUUUUAGUGGCAAAUAUUAUCUAGAGACAAAGGUUGUGGUUGCCGAUAUAAAGGCGUCGGGUUUAUCAUUCGACAAUGCACUUAUGAGUAUAAGUAGUCCAAUAAUAUCAUAUCCAUUGAUAUCAUCAGCACAAUUAUCAGGUGCAACAUUACAAUCAUUAACAUUGAAUGGUAAUUUUGGAAAUAAUACAUUUAAUUCACCAUCGGUUACUUUAAAUAAUACUCUAGCAUGUCAAGUAACAUCAAAGAAUCAAACUACCAUUAUUUGUACAAUAUCUUCAUCCUCCUCCUCCUCUCAACUACCACCUGGGCAAGCAUCAGUACAAGUUCAAGUGGAUGGAUUCAAUACCAAUUUAAAUAAUGCCAUUAGUAUUGCAUUCCCACCAUCAAUCGACUUGAAACAAAAAUGUAUUGAAGAUACAUUAAAUUGUUAUGGUCAUGGUCAAUGUAGUGACCAAGGAAUAUGUGUUUGUGAUCAAAAUUAUUAUGAUAAUUGUAGAUAUUUUAAGAAUCCAAAUGUAACAUUUGUUCAAAACGAUACAAAACCAGUUGCAACAUUUGAAUUGGAUGGAUAUAAAUUCUUUUUCUCAUUGGUUGCAAUUCAAGAGUUGGAUGUUGAUGAUAAUGUUGUACAGGAGUUAAUUGUCGAUCAGUGGAAUGUUACAGAUCAAUCAGGUGAUGAUCUUACAUCACUACAUUACAGAUUGUUGAUCAACUCAACAUUGUAUCCAACACUAUCAUCAAUUGUCAAUGUUACAUCAUUGAUUGAAUAUUCAACACAAGACAGACAAUUACCAUUUGGAGAUAGUAUUGUAUCAGUUGGAGCAAAUAGUAUUAAAGUUGGAGUAAAUGUCACUGGAUGGCAAUACCAAUCGAUUCUAUCACAUCUCAGAGUUGUAUUCUCAACGAUUGUCAACAAUGAACAAUCAACCAUCGAAUCAUGUUCCUCUAGUGAUAUUCCAACAUUUGAACAGAUACUAGGAAGUGAUAGUUAUUUAAGAGUUAUCAAGAAUGAUACACAAUUCUAUGGUAGAUUCCUCUCGUACUCCUAUUCAGAUGGUAGAAAGACAUUUUCAAGAAAUGAAUUAAUCAAUCAAACCAAUAUCAUUGGAAACAACAACAAUGAAUCAUUGGCAUUGAUUGGAGUUCAUGUACCUCAAUGUACUUUUUGUCUUCUCGAUCCAGAUUUCAGUGCAUUGGUCGUCAACAAGGAACAACAAAGUGAUUGUUCACCGUCAUCAUCCAACACGUGGAAGAUUAUAGUUGGAUGUGUUGUUGGUGGUGCUGUAUUUAUAGCAUUGGUCAUUGCACUGGCUUUCUAUAUUCGUGAUAGUAAUACAGCAAGAUUUAAGCUCAAAGCAGCCAAGAGUAUUCUAAUGAAAAAGGUUAAUAAAGAUGUGUAA